AUGACCCAAGCUCCCGCAUCGACCCCGCCCCUCGGCCGCGACGGCCGCACACUGACCUCGAACGAAAGCCCGACAACCGUUAGAGCGAUGACCUCGUCGUCGCAGUCGCCGAGGCUCUCCCCUGGCCUAUCCUAUGCAUCCGCGGUCGCUGGGUCUCCCACCCAGGCAAAAGCCAAUGGCAACCACACAGUCCCAACUGGCCCUGCGUCGCCAUCGCCUCCCGCCCCCGUAGCUACUGAAACCAAUGUCCGCGGCCGGGACGUCCGCCCUGCCACUGAGUCAGUCGACCAGCAGACAGGAUGGACUGUCGUGUCGCAUAAAAAAGGGAAGGCCAAGGCCACCGCCGGCCGUCUUGGGACCAACACACAACGUCCCAGCGUAAUACACCGCACCGUGCUCGAGGACCAGCCCAUGGAGACCGAUGAAUCGGGCAGCGCAUCCCGCAAGCGCCGCCGCGUAGAGGAAGACCUCGGUAACGAGGACUCCCCUUCUAUCCAAACGCGUAAGCAGAACGUACGCGCGCAGACGUCCACCCCCGCUGCCUCCCCUCUCCCCGCGUCCAACUCGGGCCCCUCUGAACCCUCGCUACGUACAAACAACCACGCGCACACGAACGAACCAUCUACCUCCCAGAGCCGCGAUUCGAAUGCCGACAGCACGUCCGACCUCAACUUUACAGUCAUCCCUGAUUCGGACGUUGUCGAGGCGCUCCUGGCCCCCCCAAGCAACGAGUCUCCUCAGACCCCGCGCCGCGACUCUACGUCAGGGCGCCGUCACAGCGGACUCAGGAUGCGGGCAUCCAUCGACACCUCUGACGACGAUGACGACCUCUCCUACCUAGGCGACAUCCUCCCGCUUUUCCCGCUUCCUCCCUCCUCGCUCCCGUCCAGCACGCCGCGCACGCCCGUCUCCCGUCGGACUCAACGUCCUGCGACCCCAUUUGCGCCUCCUCGCGGUCACCACUGGUCAGAGGUCGGCAACAACAGCAUCAACGGUGAUGGCCCCACGCGGCUGUCGCUGCAAACGCCCUCGAUUCCUGAAGUUGAGAUGGACGACGCCACCAGACUCCCUGAUACUCCUGUCCCUACAUCCUCCUCUCACACUCGUCGCCGUAUCCGUCGUCUCCUCCUUCGCCGAGAGCGUCGAGAACAUCGCUCUGCCCCCGCCCCUAGCCCUUCCCCAAGCUUGAGCAGUGACGACCCUGACGACGCUCAGGCCCCCUUCGACGUCGAUGCCCUCGACCCCGACUUCAUUGUCCCUCCCUCCGGCUCCUGGCGCCAGGUGCAAGGCGACAGCACUGUCUGGAGGGGACGCGGCAUGGCCGCUGGACAACGCGAAUCCUGGAACGCCCUCGACGCCGCGGAGGCCGUCCUAGCCGUCCAGAUCCCCCUCCACGGCACUGAAGAACCCGGGGUCAGUACACGAAUAGAAAUUAUGCUAGACGUCUUCCGACGCACGUUGCUGAUCCCCGGAACGUUCAUCCUCCCAGCUUACUCGAUCGCCGGCUUUCAUGGGAUGAAUACGGAGCCGUUCUGGUACCUCGCGCGAGGAAUUCCUCUAUCAAAGAUCAUGGCUCUUGUUAAUAUUGGUUGGCUUAACUCAUCCCCUGUAACCCUCCACUUCGACUUCUGGCGCGAUACAAAUCCCCAUCUUUGUGGUAUGUUCCGAUUCAUUUACAGAUUCGGUGCGCAGACCAAAGCCGAGUACGAGGAGCUCAUCCGUCGAGCCCUUCUCGAUACUGACUUGUUCGACACUACCUACGACGUCCUGACGCGUGACAUCUCACGCGGCGGGACAUGGAGCGGCUCAACAAGGAUCGAUGCCUUGAACGCCAUCCUCGACUCAAUUGAUGUCGACAUAAUCCAUUGUCGUGUUACUACUAACACAACAGAACCUGUUGCGGUCAUAUACGUCAGGCCACCCACAUCGGACCGUCGCGACUGGCUGCGUUUCAGCAGCCAUUUCAAACGCCACCAGUUUGGUUCGAGCAUCGCUGGACACCCCGAGCCAUUCACAAGCCGAGUCUGGUGUGGCUAUUGCCAUUCGCUCGGUCACAUCACGGGCGCAUGUCCGGUACGUCGGACAAUUGGUUGGCACGAGCCGCCCCUCCAGGCCCCGCAGAUGAUACAACCCCCGCCGCAGCAAAAUGCUACGAAUGGCAGAGGCAAUGGUCGUGGCAAUGGCCGUGGCAACGGACGCGGCCGUGGUGGCCGUGGUCGAGGAAAUGGUAACUUCUGA